GUCGAAAGGAGGCGCCAAAUGCAUGCUUCGUUCUAGAUUAAUAAAGUCUACACGCUUACAUCAUGUAAUUCAUAUAUAACUUACCGUCCUUCAUCCUCCUUGAUCAAUAAAGCCUUAUCUUCUUUUUGUACAAUCAUUCAUUCAUUCAUUUCCAAACCAUCACAUUCUUUUAAAAUAUCGUCAAAAUGAAGUUCACGCAGGUCGCGCUUCCACUCCUUUUCUCUACUGCAGCAAUAGCAGCACCAGUUGCCGACAAGACUUUGAAAGCUAGAUCGACUCAAAUCUGUGGUCAAUGGGACUCUGUUCCUACUGGUGCAUACACGGUUUACCAAGAUCUUUGGGGUGAGGCUCAAGCAUCAUCUGGAUCCCAAUGUACGACUGUCGAUUCAUUGAGUGGUACCACUAUCGCCUGGUCAACAUCUUGGAGUUGGGCUGGUGCAUCGAGCAGCGUUAAGUCAUAUGCGAAUGUGGCUCUUCAAUCGGUUGCUACCGCUGGUGUUCAAGUUUCUUCUAUUUCUAGCAUUCCUGCUGUUUGGAAAUGGGGGUAUGUACAUAUUUUCUCUGUUGAUCUCAUGGAACACUCCUAAUGAUAUUGUUAGAUACACUGGAUCAUCCAUCGUCGCUGACGUAUCUUGGGAUCUUUUCACCGCCGCCACAGCCGACGGAACAAACCAAUAUGAAAUCAUGAUCUGGUUAGCCGCCAUCGGAGGAGCCGGACCAAUUUCCUCCACCGGUUCCCCAGUUGCUACCGCUAGCAUUGCCGGUCAUCAAUUCAGCUUGUACUCUGGACCCAACGGGGACACCACCGUUUAUUCUUUCGUUGCUUCUACCCAAAUCACCGAUUUCAGUGGUGACCUCAUGGAUUUCUUGAACUACUUGGCUACCAAUGAGAACUGGUCCAAGAGUCAAUAUCUCAAGGUUUUGCAAGCUGGAACUGAACCUUUUACUGGUAUGCAUUUUGUUUUAUGCAUUUUGAUCCAUCAGUAAUACUAACAAGACACUAGGUUCCAACGCCGUCUUCACGGUCUCAGACUACAGCGUUUCCGUCUCAACAGGAAGCUCAACCACACCAUCAUCCACAUCCACCGCACCACACCAACCAGUAACCACCACCGCUUCUGCAACCACCAAACCCGUCAUACCUACUAAACCAGUAACUACUACUUCUACCACAACUACUACUUCUACUACUUCCACCACAUCUAGUACACCUACCGCUACUUCUACUCCUGCAUCUGGAUCGGGAUCGGGAUCGGGAUCGGUUCCUUUGUACGGAAAUUGUACGGGGGGAAAAUCUUGUUCUGAGGGUACUUGUGUUGUGCAGAAUCCUUGGUACUCGCAAUGUGUUUCUGCUUAAGGAAGUGGAUUUUUGACACUACCAAUUAAAUAACGUUACACAUCGAUUGAUUCGAUUAGUUUAGGAGGGAUUUUUAGUGUGGAUAUAUAUACUAUAUGAUUUGGUGUUUAUGUUCUUAUUCUUAUGGAUGAGGAUGUUUUUUAUGCUUCUUUGAUGGAUGGAUGAUUGAUGUGGAUAUACAUAUACUAUCUGUUUGUCUAUCUGGCAUCAGUGGAUUUUGGUAUAUAUUUUUAGUUUUUCUGAAUAAGAACUAAGUUGUUUAUUAAAUGAGUAGAGUAUA